AUGACGGAUAUAGUGACCCCGGAUGAUUUGAAGCAAGUAUACCAGCAUGCUCAGAAGAGUGACAGUGGUCGUGUGCUGCUGAGUGAGUUGACAGGACCGCCAUUUAGUUUCACUUCUGGGAAGGGUCGACAGGUCUUGAUGAAGCUGGUCCAGAAUCGUUUGGCAUAUGUUCCGAAAGAGUUUGAGAAUUCCACGGAAGACUUUGGCAUCGUGAUUCGGAAGCAGGAAGUGGUGAUGAAGUUGAAAGGGUUAACAAGUCCGGAGAGUUACGCAAUCUAUCAGACGAUUGAGCAGUCGGGUUCUGAGGGUAUAAGUAGCCGGGACAUUUCUCGUUCUCUUAAUGACCGUUUGCGUAAGCUUGGUCGGCCUUUAAUGCAGAUGGCGGUGUUGAAUAGAUCUAUGAAGUCUCUGGAAACGGAUAAGAUGAUCAAGGCAGUAAAGUCUGUCAGUGACCGAGGUAGGAAGCUUUAUUUGCUAUACGACCUGGAACCGAAUCAAAAAAUUGCAGGAGGCUGUUUUUACAAGGAUGGGGAAUUCAACACAGAAUUGGUGGAUGCGUACCGUCAGAAAAUAACAACGUAUUUGGCGUCACAUCAUAUGUGUUCGAAGACUCAACUAUUGCAAUACAUAUUUACUAGUGAGUUAGGACAACAGCUAACAGAAUACGAUAUCGACUUUGUAAUUCACUCUUUAAUUCUGGAUCAAAUAGUUAUAGAGUCCAAUGGUGAUGAUGCUGUCUAUUCUUAUGCGGCAUGGCCCAGCUUUGAAGACAUCGAACGAUUACCAUGCACGUCCUGCCCGUUGCAGGAUGUUUGCCAGAUAGAGGAUGUAGAUAAAUUCGAUUCCUUGCUCCUUCGAAGAAAUGAUAUCAAUCCUAAAGAAAGAAAAUCCCAGAGUACACUCUCCUAUAUCGCUACAAAAACCGAAACGGACGCCCUAGAACUGUCCUCAAAAGUCACCCCUUCCACCUGCCCCUACUAUAACCAAUGGCUAAGGCUCACAUUUUUGCCUUGGGUCAGUCCCGACGAGACACCAACACACGACCAAGAUAAUUCAACAGCCAUCACCAACUCUUAA